AUGUAUGUGAAAUGGUUUGAUACAGUAAUGUUAUACUAUGUGAUUUUAGUGAAUUUAGUGAAUGUCACUUUUUGUAAUUUUCAAAUUUCCCGCCAUUCCAUCCCCGUACGUCCCGACGCUCGCAGGGGACGGAACCUGAUGACAGAUGCCGGCAUCCGCCAGAAGACAUUGCCGGAGACACUGCAGGGGGGACAUCGUGGGAGUGCAGGACAAGGUAAGUGAAGAACAGAUCCCAGAGCAACGCCGCAUUUUAAGCCCGAGGGUAGCUUGGGGGUUACCGCUUGUGCUACACUCGGGAAUACAGCCAGGGAGGCUAC